AUGACUAAAUCACACCGCGGGUCUUCACUCCCUCAGGCCCGCUCAUACCAUCACAAUCAUUACCAUCUACACAACAGACGCGACGCCUCCCCCGAGAAUGCUCCUCACCAACACCACCGCCGCCAGACUGACGAACCCGACCCCAGCCCCACUCCCGAGCCCGCAUCCAGCACGGUGGCUUCUCGCAGAGUCGUCGUCCAGACCGUCUCGCUCAUUCAAGUAGUUGAUGAGUCCGGUACACCUAUCGAAGUCCAGACUCGUUACGCUCCUCUUUCCACGGCCGACUCAUCGUCGUCGACGUCGAGUCCCAGCCCAAGUCCCAGCACAUCCACCAGUGCCUCCCUUGGCCUGUCAAUCGCCGCAGUGUCUUCAGAGUCGUCGACCACCGCUGCCACCACCACGACUACGACUAGCGACAUCACGUCCGAAUCUUCGAGCUCCACGUCAAAUGACUCUUCGCAGUCGAUACCUUCGGCGACGACACCCUCGACAACUCCCUCAUCAACACCUUCACCGUCAUCUGCGAGCUCCGGCUCUGCCUCCGGCUCCUCUGCUAGUCAAGAUAUUCCCUUGACGUCCGAUCCUUUAACCUCGCCUCCGGCAUCGUCUGCAUUGCCUUCGCUAUACCCUUCGUUGAGCGCUGCUCCAAACUCAACAAUUCGUGAGCCUCCCUUUGCUGCGUUUUUGAUGCGAACAGAACGACUGACCGGCGUCUUUAGCAUUCCUUACCUCAACAAACUCAUCUUCAACAUCAGUCCUUACCGAAACCACUUCAACGAGCCUGUUUUCGUCCGGUUCAAUAAGCGUAACGUCUUCAGUGCUUUCGUCACUCUCGUCACUUUCUUCAAUCUCCGCACCAACUCUUUUGCCACGAGCACAUCGACAGGUUUCCCCGAGACGACAGCAGGAGGAGAUGGAAGCGACGGUGGUGUCGGCGGCGUUGGAGGCGGCGGCUCAGCAUCUCCCACAUCAACAUCUACUUCGAACAACACUAGCAGCGACGACUCGGCCCCAUCAACCGGAACCGUUGUGGGCAGCGUCGUGGGGAGCAUAGCGGGCGUGGCAUUUCUCGUAUUACUCGCCUUUCUGGCCUUGCGGUGGAAGAAGGGCUCCGGAGGGAGACUUCGGCUCAGCGAGGCUAGCGGAUUGGGCAACCGGGGCAUUCUCAACGGCUCGGGCGCCCCCGACGGCGGCAGCAACAGACCCGGAAUGGCCCAGCGAGCCUUGACUUUUGGCCCAGCGGUGAUGGCCGGCGCAGCAGCCGCGGCCAAACCUUCGUCGAGAAGAGCAAGUGAACCUUCCGAAACCGGCGAGAGAGGCUUCGUCAGGGUCGCCGGUAGGAAACUGCCGUCGGUCCUCCAGGCUGGAGGCGACGGCUAUACCGACCCUCGGGAAGCCGCCGGAGGCGCAACCGCAAACGACGACGAAUCGGUCUACUACCGCGACUCCCAGGUAUUCUUCGACAGCGGCGCGGGACAAACGCGACUCGCGCUCGGCUCACCAAUGCGGCCGGUUAGCGGUGUGGUCACAAUGCAGCCCGGUCCGGCCCGGACACCGGUGACGGAGUCGGCUCCGUUCCCGCCGCCGCCACCGCCGCCUGACUCGAAUCUCUCGCCGUUACAGCCUCCGCCGCGGGACCCCAUUGGCCGGACUUUGAACUCACAAGACGGCUCGCGGGGGUCCCGGGGCUCUGUUUCCAGGUUCCAAGAGGACAUGUGA